UGGUUUUUUAGAUGCCCAGCUGACCUUUUAAUUAUAUUGAGGCAUUUCUGUUUAAGAAAUGGUUAUGGGGUCUACUCUCGAACUUCCCCUGGAAGAGGGAUUCGCGCUUUUCGCGGUGCCUUGUUAGUCAAUGGCCAUCCCUUUAGUACAUCUACUGAUAGAAGAAACAAACAUUUUUAUAAAAACAGAGGCUCAUCCGCGCUACGGGGUAGCAACUUGCGCAGUAUACGCAAAGGGGCCUGGUAUGGAGGAAAGCAGAGUACUUACCAUAAGUUUUUACAUCCUGGAAAGAGAAAUAAUAUUGGCAGAGCCCGUUUUAGGGGCGGACUUGAGAAGUCUACUAAAGUCUGUAGCCCUGUAAACGGCGAACGCAGCCCAUCCGGCGAGAAUCCCGCCAAUAACGGCGAUGUUUCUUUUAACGUGAAUUUUGGUGUUUCCAGCAGUCUAAAUUACGCUUAUGAAUCGGAUGCGGACGAGUCGGUGACAAGAGAUUUUUAUGACGAUUUGGAAUCUAAUAUGAAGCGAACUAAGACGCGAAGAGGGUUAAGAUCCAGAGGAAUGAAAUUUAAGCCCUAUUCUCAAAUGUCUUUUGAGGAGCUGAAGGACAGAUAUCUCCGCGAGCAAGAAAAAGCCACUGCGGUGUUAAAUUAUGAAAUCAAAGCUCAAGAAGGUUCUUAUACUAAACGGUAUAAAGGGAAAAAAAGUGGUGCAGUCUGCCCACGUGCUCCAAAGAACACUACUCAGUUUUUGAUUCACGAGUUUGGCAUUCGGGAUGAAAAAAGUCACGCUCUUAAAGAACAGCGAAGGCUAAUACGCAGGAAGCAACUUUUGGCUCAGCAUGGCGAAAACUACCACAAUGGUGAGCUGACCCCCUAUGGCUUUGAGGUUGAUGAUUUUGAGAAGAUGCUACGGGAAAGUCCCCCCGAAACCGAGCCCGCAGCGGAGCGCAGUGCGGUUCUGCCUUGUGCCAGUAACCUGACACCUGAAGUACCCAAACUUGUCUUUAAUCCCGCCACGCCGUACGGCUUUGAAUGGAGCAGCCAAAGAGAAGCUUCUGGCGAAGGUGCUGCUCCCGACAGCGAGACAAACAAUUCUGUUGAUCUUGAAAGUGUUCUUAUGGCGGAGACUAUUGAGAAAAAAAACAUUGAAAACCUAGAAAAAAAUGUCUUAGUCAAUCUUGUGGUUCAGCUUCGUGAAAAAUUGGAAAAGGAAAAACAGUCAAACUUGAGUUGUUGAUUUCUUAUGACCCUUAAAAGUUAAAUAUUAAAAUUGUUUUGAGGAUUUUAUUGGGAAAAAGAACGAGU